CUGAAUCCCACCAAACAGGCCCAAAAUCAUUAAAUUCAGCACCAACAAAUCAAAAAACCCCUUCAGUAAUACUAUAAAAAUAAUUUGUCAACAGUCAGUCGUCAUUAAACCUCCAAUCGAAUUGGAUCAGCUUUUGUCAGCAAUAAAAGUUUAAUAAUCAAAAAUGCCACUUGAGUGCUGUAUUUGCAAAGAAUUAUUGUUGCGUCAAGGAAGUAAAACAUCAACAAUACCUUGUGGACAUGUCUAUCAUACUCAAUGUCUUCUAGAUUGGAUUGAAAAUUCCAGAACGCGAAAUCAAGGAAACUGUCCAAUUUGCCGCAGGAAUUUCUAUCUAAAUAAAGUCAUUCCUCUAUUGACUUUGGAUGAAAUUGAUGGAAGUACAGCAAGUGCCGUUAAUCACUUUGCAGAGCUUGAACAGAAGCACGUGGAGACAAAAAAUUUAUUACAAGGCAUUCUUGACUCUCUUGUCAAUUUAAAUACAAUGAUGACUGAAAUUAGGGAAAGAUUGCCAGCACUAGGAGCUAGAUCUUUGAGUCUAUCUCCAUCGUCGUCUCAUGUCGAGUUAAAGACACGUGAGGCGAUAAUUGAAAGCCUUAAAAUGCAUGUCGAGCGCAUUAACAAGCCACAAGGAAUUUAUUAUAACCAGAACUGCAUUGAUAGUGGACAUUCAUCGAAUUAUGAUGACAGUGGACUUAAUGCUUAUGUUGACGACUUAGACGACGAUGAAUUGGAAUUUAAUUUAAGCCUUAAUUAAGGACAAUUUAAAUUUUUUUGCUAUGAUGUAAAAUUAAUAUAAUCCAAGUUUAUAUUCCUAUAGAAAGCUAAAGUGUAAUCCAGAAAAGAUACUUAUUAAUUAAAG